CCGCACCCAGUGCGCAUGCGCGCGGCACCGUGGGGCGGGGGCAGGGCGGGACUGGGGGUGGAGUGUGCGCGGGCUCGGUUUUGGGCCGCGGCGGGAGCCGGAGUCGCCGCCACUGGAGUGCGCAGGCGCCUGGCGGUUGCCGGUCUCACCAUGGAGCGGAAAGUGCUUGCGCUCCAGGCCCGAAAGAAAAGGACCAAGGCCAAGAAGGACAAAGCCCAAAGGAAAUCUGAAACUCAGCACCGAGGCUCUGCUCCCCACUCUGAGAGUGAUCUACCAGAGCAGGAAGAGGAGAUUCUGGGAUCUGAUGAUGAUGAGCAAGAAGACCCUAAUGAUUAUUGUAAAGGGGGUUAUCAUCUUGUAAAAAUUGGAGAUCUAUUCAACGGGAGAUAUCAUGUGAUCCGAAAGUUAGGCUGGGGACACUUUUCAACAGUGUGGUUAUCAUGGGAUAUUCAGGGGAAGAAAUUUGUGGCAAUGAAAGUAGUUAAAAGUGCUGAACAUUACACUGAAACAGCACUAGAUGAAAUCCGGUUGCUGAAGUCAGUUCGCAAUUCAGACCCUCAUGAUCCAAAUAGAGAAAUGGUUGUUCAACUACUAGAUGACUUUAAAAUAUCAGGAGUUAAUGGAACACAUAUCUGCAUGGUAUUUGAAGUUUUGGGGCAUCAUCUGCUCAAGUGGAUCAUCAAGUCCAAUUAUCAGGGGCUUCCACUGCCUUGUGUCAAAAAAAUUAUUCAGCAAGUGUUACAGGGUCUUGAUUAUUUACACACCAAGUGCCGUAUCAUCCAUACUGACAUUAAACCAGAGAACAUCUUAUUGUCAGUGAAUGAGCAGUACAUUCGGAGGCUGGCUGCAGAAGCAACAGAAUGGCAGCGAUCUGGAGCUCCUCCGCCUUCUGGAUCUGCAGUCAGUACUGCUCCCCAACCUAAACCAGCUGACAAAAUGUCAAAGAAUAAGAAGAAGAAACUGAAGAAGAAGCAGAAGCGCCAGGCAGAAUUACUAGAGAAGCGAAUGCAGGAAAUUGAGGAAAUGGAGAAAGAGUCGGGCCCUGGGCAAAAAAGACCAAACAAGCAAGAAGAAUCAGAGAGUCCUGUUGAAAGACCCUUGAAAGAGAACCCACCUAAUAAAAUGACCCAAGAAAAACUUGAAGAGUCAAAUACCAUUGGCCAGGAUCAAACACUUAUGGAACGUGAUACAGAGGGUGGUGCAGCAGAAAUUAAUUGCAAUGGAGUAAUUGAAGUCAUUAAUUAUACUCAGAACAGUAAUAAUGAAACAUUGAGACAUAAAGAGGAUCUACAUAAUGCUAAUGACUGUGAUGCAGAAAAGUUGAAGCAGGAACCUAGUUUCCUAAGCUCCCAAAAUGGAGACAGCAGCACAUCUCAAGAAACAGACUCUUGUACACCUAUAACUUCCGAGGUGUCGGAUACCAUGGUGUGCCAGUCUUCCUCAACUAUAGAUCAGUCAUUCAGUGAACAACAUAUUAGCCAACUUCAAGAAAGCAUUCGGGCAGAGAUACCCUGUGAAGAUGAACAAGAGCAAGAACAUAAUGGACCACUGGACAACAAAGGAAAAUCCGCGGCUGGAAAUUUUCUUGUUAAUCCCCUUGAGCCAAAAAAUGCAGAAAAGCUCAAGGUGAAGAUUGCUGAUCUUGGAAAUGCUUGUUGGGUGCACAAACAUUUCACUGAAGAUAUUCAAACAAGGCAGUAUCGUUCCUUGGAAGUUCUAAUUGGAUCUGGCUAUAAUACCCCUGCUGACAUUUGGAGCACGGCAUGCAUGGCCUUUGAACUGGCCACAGGUGACUAUUUGUUUGAACCUCACUCAGGGGAAGAAUACACUCGAGAUGAAGGUGACCUGAAACACAUCACGAAGCUGAAACCUUGGGGCCUUUUUGAGGUUCUAGUGGAGAAGUAUGAGUGGUCUCAGGAAGAGGCAGCUGGCUUCACGGAUUUCUUACUGCCCAUGUUGGAGCUGAUCCCUGAGAAGAGAGCCACUGCCGCUGAGUGUCUCCGGCACCCUUGGCUUAACUCCUAAGCCCCUGCCCAGCACCACAGCAGAGAUCACAUGCUGACCCUCUGCCCUUCCCCUCCAAGCAUUUUCCUCUUCCCUUUUCAGGGUGAAGCUCUUCCUUCAAGAGUUUCUAGAUUUUUUUUUUUAAUCCAACAUGUUCAUUUGGGUUUGCUUACUUGACCCUGUGGAGAUCCCCACAGCCAUUGGGCAUCCUAGGUGAAUUUGGCCUUGGUUGGGCUCUGCCAAAGACUAAUGGACUAAAAUGUGAAACAGCCUCUUGCCCUGUACCUUUCCUUCCCAUUAGGACAUCCUUUAAGUUAUAAUCAUCCUUUUUGAAAAGAGCUAUGAAGUUGUAUGAGCCCAUCCUUUUAUUCACUGACUCUAAGAGUCAAAUUUUCUAGUGCAUAUCCUGUUGCCAGCAUAAGGAUGAGGAGGGAAAAGGGUGUUGAUCGUGUGUACAGCAGAGACAUUAAACUUGCUGUAUCCAGGCUGCAUCAUCUUCCUGGACUGUUUCUGUUCCCUAUGUUCACAUUUUUUCCUGCAACUUUUAAACUGUCUUUUUUAAUUAGCUGUAUGAACACCAAAUUUGGGUACCAUUUUAUCACUGUUCAAAGCACUGUCAAAUUCCUUUCAUCCUUUAAUAGUUAAGAUCUUUGAAUCUUCAGUCUGAUUUUUAAUGUAAACAAAAACUGAACCAUUGAAUAGUAAUUUCUGGAGAACCUCAGGUGUUCUAUAAGCAGUCCUUUCCGAUAUGUCUUCUAUUACCCUAAGACCAGAGUUAUUUUGAUUGACUGUUUUAUUUUUUGUUUUUGUAUCCGUGGCUGGCACUUUACUCAUUUCACUUGAGUUUAUUGCCCUAUAACUAAAGGAUCAGGAUGACUGUAGAACGGAGAUCUAGGUUUCAGGGCUUUCCCAUUUAAGAAAAAUAGAUCUUGAGAUUCUGAUUCUUUUCCAAACAGUCCCCUGCUCUCAUGUACAGCCUUUUCUUUACCUUGCCCAAAAUUCUGGCAAGGUUUUCCUCUGUGGCUUUGCCUUUCUCAUUUUCUCAGAGGCUCAGGGUCUUUAACCCCAAACGAAAGAACCAAGGGAAGGGUGGGAUGGCACUAUUUUCUGUUGGUUUGGUUUUUUGGUUGGUUGAUUUUUUAAGAUUAGCCAUUCUCUGCUGCUAUUUCCCUGCGUAAUGUUAGUUUUUAACCAUAAUUUUGACAUGAUUGAGAUGUACUUGAGGCUUUUUUGUUUUAAAUGAGAAAAGACUUUGCAAUUUUUUUUUUUAGGAUGAGCCUCUCCUAGACUUGACCUAGAUAUUACAUAUUCCUCCAGUAAUAUUGAAGAGCAAAAGAGGGGCAGGACUGGGGUCACAGCCACUUCUUGAGCAUGGACCAAGUGGGCCUUGGAGAUUACAGCAUUCUUUUUUUUUUCUUUUUUUUUAAUAUA